AGAGCGGACGAGAGCAUACAGGUAUAUCAAAACAAACUCCCCAAAAAAAAGUGGUAGCCUGCCGACUUUUGGCGGUUUUGCAGUUGCAAUCGUCGAUCGAUGCUGGCAGUCAGUCGCGAUCCGCGAACCAAUAAACAAGAGUAGCGUACUUGUCUCCGUAAAGAUUUCCUCAAAACGCGUGAUCACUAAAGUGUCGAUUUUUAUUGUCUGUUUCCGAUCAAUCUGAUCAAUUGCUAUUAUUGUUGUGGAUCGCCGUAGUUGGAGUCGGUAUUUAGAGAGAUUUACGACGCGCAUAAAUCGGCAGACAACAGCCUCCGGCACGACGUUAACAUUUCUUAUGCAAGUUCCUGCCUCUCAGAUGUUCGAAUCGGCGAAUAUUAGCAAUUAGCAUUUUAUAUUCCAAAAAAAUUUGCAUCUAGUCACAAGCGUAAAGCUGGUGGUGGUCCAGAAACACGAGAACCCAAAACAGUGUUAACACCUUUCCUGCUCGAUGAUUGAUCGUAGGAUCACGCGUUGACGCGUAGUGUCGGCGGUGACGACGACGAUCAAUGCAACGGAAACCGCCUCAGGCAGGCACUGUAAAUCGCUUAAAAGCUUCAAACGACAAGUUGACGGACGAAAAGCAACAAGAGGAAAAAACAAUAGUGGCUCUUUAAUUAUUAAAUGGGGUUUAAACUGAUCCGUAUGACCGGAAGCAAGUGCGUUGAAUUCUGGACCGGCAUUUCCGUGGCACGACCAAUCUUCGUGCAAUUAGGCCGAUAAUAAGUGAACGGUGUGAGUGAAAGUUUUUCAAGUGAACUGCAGGUGCAUCUGAGUUUUUGGCGGCAUCUGAAAAGUAUCCACGGUGGAUGUAUGAACUUGGUAAAUUGGAGUUAUGCUGGAAAGGUGCGGAUAAGAUUGGUGGAAGCAGCGGAUGCAGCGGAAGCAGAGGCACCCGUCGUCCCGUCUGAAGUCGUGUCGCGCUGAACAGAACAGAGGAAACCGAGAGCAAAAGUGAAAUCAUUCGCGAGAGGAAACAUGACGACGCGCAAAUGAAAGUGAAUUUGGAUCAUAUCAUAUCGAGUAUGGCUGCUGCUGGGCUGCUGGGGCACAGCGGGAUGAAUUGUUCCCAUGUAUGAUUCCGCUUCGUAUUUCAUUAGGGGACACAAUACGGCAUUACGCGAGACACCGAUGAGCUUUCAACUCCCCGCCCGGAGGAUUAAUGUUAUCUCAAUCGGCGCUCGGCGUUAUGUAAAUUGGAUGAAACGAAAAUAAACCAUCACGGCACCACCACAGGAGGAGGAAGAAGAGGAGGAGGCAGUGUCGCGCGAGUGUCGAGCUUUAAAUGUGAAGUGAAAUGGAAUUAGUCUGUUGAUUGGCAAAGAAGGGCGAAGUGAGUGCGAAUCAAAACGAGGAACAACCAUGCGCGAUCUGUGAACGAAAAAAUAUAUAAGUAGCGGUGAACGAAAUAAAGCUCAGCGGGAAAGCGAAAUAAGGAGAAGGUGUCGUGACUUAUUCGAAGAAUAUUAGCCUUUUCUGGAGUCUUCGAACAGGGGACACGAAUCGACGAGUGGGACGAGAAAACAACCACUGGAGAUCCCGUUGGAAGGAGGCACAGGAGGAGCCUCCGGGGAAGUAGGAAGCACGUGCAAGAAACAUGCAAAAUGAAUUCAACAUGUACAUGACCAUUCUGCUGUUGAUCGUAGGGUUCGUCCAAGCGGAAAUCUUGUUAUUUUCAGAUUGUGGUAUUCGUACCUCCCGCAGACAACCACGAGAGACCGACGAGCAUUCCAACACCAGCUUCUUCAACAAAACAGCUGCAAGUUCCGAAGAGGCACCCGCUGAAAUGGGCGCCGAAUCCAGAGUCCCAUCAAACCGUCAUCCCAAAAUAAUGCACGGCGUACCCACUCUGGAAGGACAGUUUCCCUGGCAGGUCUCCCUGGAGCUGCUUCACCCCUCGUACGGAUUCAUUGGCCACUGGUGCGGCGGAGUGCUCAUAGACCGAAACUGGGUUCUAUCGGCGGCGCACUGUAUCCACAACGAUCUGUUCAACUUGCCGCUGCCCGCACUGUGGACAGCAGUACUCGGAGAGUACGAUAGAUCCCACGAGUCUGGCCACGAGCAGCGGAUUCCCGUGGACAAAAUUAUCCUGCACGAGAAGUAUCACAACUUUAAGCAUGACCUUGUGCUGCUGAAGCUCACCAAGCCGGCCAACAUAGCGCCCAAUUCGCGCAUCAAGAAGAUCUGCCUCCCCUUCGCGGACAUCAUAGUGAACAGCGUAGCGCAUGAUUCACGGCCGGAACUGGACCGCAGAAAAACGAAACCCACCGCCGGUCCAUUGUUCUUCUACGAUUAUCUCGGUCGGCCCCCGGCAUACGAUCCCCCGCCGAGUCGAGGUGGCACUAAAAACAAAAAUAAUGAACCAUUCCCCGAACCGGUUCCGGAUCGCUAUGACAACUACCUGCGGCGGAUGCGGUUGCUCGGUGAGGGAUCUGUGUGGCAUCAAACGGCACGAAUCGUUGUGAAUCAAUUGCUUCGGGAACACCUACUGGGAAAAGGUAAUUCCAGCAGUUCUAGGGAAGCGCCACAUUCGAGCAGAGAUGGGCGUAGGCUCUAUCAGGCGACAAGUUUCAACACCAACCAUGAUGGCGAUGACGAGGACAACGACGAUGACGACGACGAUGACAACGGCGACGGAGAUGAGAAUCGUCGUGAGACACGACACAGUGCCAAGCGGCGGCGGAACGAUAAAUUCGCCCACGGCAGCUUCCGUCGCAACGAGAACUACCGGAACGAUUUCGGCCUGAGGAACAGCAACAAUAACAGCGGCGGAGGAAUUCGUGCCAUCCCCGAUACGUCCCAGUACGUGGACUGCCUGGCAACAGGUUGGGGCAAAUCCACAAUCGAUGAUGAAUUAACUGACAUCCUGCUGCAGACGAAGGCCCCCAUACAGAGCAGUAAAAAAUGCCAACAAGCGUACGGAGAUUUCAUCAAACUGCACCGUGGCCAUCUCUGUGCGGGAAAUCUCGACGGAACAGGUGGAACAUGUGUGGGCGACUCCGGGGGACCGCUGCAGUGCCGCAUUACCAAACACAGCCCGUGGAUACUGGUUGGGAUAACGUCGUUUGGGUCGGGCUGUGCCUUCCGGAACUAUCCCGACGUGUACACCAAGAUAUCCUUCUAUCGCCAGUGGAUUAUGGACACGAUUUCGAACGGUUGAAGCGAUGGGGAGCUCGAGCUAGGAGCUUGGAGCUGUGUACGCCAAAUUAGUCACUAACUGUUACCACCUACACCAUGAACUAAUUGUAAGGUCAAUAUAAGGAAACUAAAAGUAAUUAUGUGAUAUUAUCGUGUAGUUUAGAAGCACCAGGAUUCCUAGGGAUUCGUCCGGAAACGGUGGUUCGGUUAUUGGAUUGUUACCAAACUAACCGAUUCACACAUUGUUUGGUUUCAAUUUUGUGGAACACACUUGCAUUGCAAAUAUUCAUAGCUCUAAACAACAACUCGUCGGAUAUUUUCUGCCAGGAGCCGGAUCCAUUGCGGUUGGACAGUAAUAAAAUUUAAUGGGUCGCGAUCGCGUUCUAUGGUUUGUUGUUUCUCGCCUUGACUGCAAUUGCGAACAAAGGAUAGUUGCCUUGUUUCAGUUCAGCUAGUUUUUUUUCUGUUUCCGCUAAUUUCUGACAGAAAAGAGUGAAUAGCAAGUAUUAAUCGGCGCGUUUAAUAUCAGAAUCAUGGAGGAGCUCCGUUUCCUGAUGAACAACUAUAUUCCUUCCCGGUCACACACUUUGUCCCACUUCUAUGAGACUUCAAGCAACUUCCAUGAAUUACGUGAAUAAUGAGCAUUGUGUAGUUGUUAGUUUAAAUACUGUACAAUAAUUUAUAUUAUCACAUUAUUUUACAUUCCGCUCUUCAAUGUUAAAUGUUUAUGGGAAUAGUUCUUGAGCUAAUUACUAAUGUGUAAUAUGUUUCUUCAUUCUUCUAAGAUUUUUCGAUAACAAACAGUUUUUUUCGCGUAGGACAACGCCUUUCAUUAAAGGUGAAAACAGGUCACGUUUCUAUGAAAGUAAACUAUGUUUGCUGCGAACGGAUUUUGACGAUUUGCAUACCAAUCGGAAUUUCUAAGAUUUGGUUUUAUGUGUUAUACAUCCCAUUCAAUCCCAUAGUCUGUAAAUGAUUUAGAUUGAUGAAAAUUGGAAGCAUUCCCGUUUUCCCAUACAUUUGUAUUGCCCUUUGUGUGCUUACCUAACCGUGCUGUCAAAAACUGGCAACUUAUGCAGUCGCGUGAGAAAAAACGAGGGGAGAAAAGGAAAAGAGAAUAUUUGCUACUUAGAGCCCCCGCAGACUGCAGACUGAUUUGUGGGCCGAUAGUUUGAUCGGCUUCUCAAUCAGUACGGAGAGGUAUGCAUGUACGCACAUUACGCCGAUUCAGUUGGGUCGGUUUUUGCACCAGAAUGCCGACCCGACCAAACUGUUGGUUGACAGAAAGUCUGUAGUAUGCGGGGGCACUUAAAUUCCACCCUUGCACAGUGUAUACGCUGUACACUCCUCUGAGGAAAAUUUUCAAGGGACACAUGACUAUCGGGUAAAAGUCCCUCAAAAACAAAAACAGAACAGAAUAGGAAAAUGUUCAGGCUCUUUCUUUACCGAAAACAACGAACAUCGUUUAUUCUGCUCGUUUUGUGUCAACUUCGUUUUCCCUCGACCGGCCUGUGAACCGACCGCAUAUUUCACUCACUGUGCAUCUGGCAUUGCAAUCAACAUAUCGAGCCGAUCCAUGGCAAAGCAGACGUGAUCAUAAUAUUUUUCGCCACAUAGUGAAAAAUCCGAAAAAAACCGCCCCGGAAAACAACUGCAACAGAAACAACCGAUCAGAAAAAGUUUGAUGGCACAAGUAGGUUAGAAAUAUUGUGGCGCGAGAAAAAAUAUCAUAGGUAUAAAUGCCUCAGAGAAAAAAAUUGUAACUUCUAUAAUAAAUGUUUUUUUUUUCAUUUUCGUUUUUGAAAAUUUAUUGAGGUCAAUGUAAUAAGGCCGAAGUCCCCAUUUGACGAGGAUAUGGAAUGCCACGAUCCAAGUCGACCGCCGACCCGCCGUCGGAAGCGGCGGUCUCUCGCACGUAACCCUGUGUUCCUUUGAUUUCCCGAUUGGUAUGAAACAUAGGAUACAAUCGUUUAGCAAGAUCCGACCGAGGUUGUUUUGAAAUAUAUCAUUCGUUGCAAUUCAAAACUAUAGCACCACGAUAUGAAGUACUUUCAACAGCGCGCAAAAUCUUAACUCGUAUACUCGGGAGGUAUCACAGACCCUUCUAUGUCCAUGAUGUUUUUCCACGUCAGAAUAUUUCUAGCCUACUUGUGACAUUACACUUUUUAUGAAGGAUUGUUUCGGUUACAGUUGUUUUUGGGAGCGAUUUAUCAACCGCUUUGACCAAGAAUACGAAAAACGUUUUCUCAUAACCGGUCGUUCUUGCGAUGUUUCAUUUUCAUCAAUGCAUCUACCAGGUGCGAUUAGGGGUUACAUUACCGUGCCAAAAUUUCAAUAACCGUUUAUUCGGUAAUGAAAAUUUAAUUACCGAUAAAACCGGUAAAUUACCGAUAAAAACAAUACUUUAAAAUAAACCAUUUUCUUGAUGAAACGGCUUUUAUUGAUAAUGAUUAGUUUACAAGAAAACAUUUGGCAAAUUUUUGCUACUUAGUUUGCUGGUUAAAGUAAUACUUAAGGACACAAAUAAUGUAAAUUUUGUCGUCUUCUAGUCCAGAUUGGAUAUCAUGAACGAAAUUUCCAGAAGAAUAAAACGCACGUUCAGAGUCCAACGAUGUUGGGCGUACAGUACAAAGAGCAUCGAAUACCAUUUUCACGUAUUUGCCUUUGACGUCCUCUGUACGAAAACUCUUGUCUGAGGGGUUUCAUCAAUCCGUUUAUAGACGUUGAGCUUGGGCUGGAUGUUGAUACCUUUGAUUGCUGCAAUCGUGGUUCAUGUUUUUCCUUGAUGCUCAACUGUUUUGCAGGCUCUGCAACGUCCAGAGGAUUUUUCCCUUCUGUUGUCUAGCUACUGAGUCAAUACCAUAAUCGUCAAAUUUCGUCAAGUCACGACUUUUGUUAGAAGGCGCCGAAAUCAUCAUUAAUUGUGUCCCAACCACGAGCUGUAUGAUUAUUCAUAUAGGCGAAUCUGUAUAUACGAAACGUUUUUCUGCAGUCCUUUCAAUCAGAGCUUCAGGCAGCUGUUCCGAAAUUUCUGAUCGUUGCUCCGAUAGCUGUCCUAGCAUAGAUUACAAUCCAACGUCAACUUCAUGAAGGGAGUGGUUCUUCCGACAUAGCAGUUCAACAGUGACCAGAACUGGUUCGAGGGCACCAAUUCCUUUAUUGCUGUCAGUUCUUCAUCGCUGAAGCUUAUCCCGUGCUUCGUUUUCAGAUCGGGCAGCGAUUUUUGAAUUGAAGUUCAGAGAUCGUAGAAUCGGCGUAUCAUUUCCAGUUGUGUUUUUUGAUCUAAUUUUUGUACUCGAAUAAUAUUUCAAAGUGGCAUAAAUGCAAAUAUUUUUUUAUGGUGUAAACAUGAAAAUUACCGAAAUUACCGGUUAUUGAUUGUAAAAUUACCGGUGAUUCGGUAAUGAAAAAUGAUCCGGUAUUACCGGUAAAACCGUUUAACAAUCCCUAGGUACGAUCUCUGUGCGACGCUUGUUUGGUGCUGGUUGAAUUGCGAUGCACGGAAGAUGUGCGAUACCACUGGGGCAACACUGAACAAUAUGACACUAGAUACUUGCUAAUGUUGCCAUUUAUAAGUGUUGUCUUUAUAAGUUGACAAGGAUAUAUUGAUGUGGUUAAGUAAUGUGGAAUAAUGGUGAAUGCUGGUGGAACAAAUAUUUAAUUUUCGACGUAGAACUAAGGAAUUAUAUUAUUCAAUCCGCUUGUUUACCACUUCGGAUACCAUUUUAGAAUGCAUCGAAAUUUUUGAAAUUUAUGUUAUGUUCGAUACAAAUAUCAUUGAUUGGCAUACAAAUUAUUGAUGGCACCCAAAAAACAUUUCAUCUUUGGCAGAAAUUAUGCCAUUUCGUGUGCUGGAGGGCCAAAGGCGCAAAAAAUGAGCUUUUUUAAAAGCUUAAAAAUGGUUUGUAUGUAUGCGAACAGACAUCUCUUUCAGUUUUCUUUUCUCAUUUCAUUUGCGAUUGUGCCAAAAAAAAUUCAUACGACGUCAAUGGGGAUCGAACCAAGGCCGGCUGGAUUACAAAGCUAUUUCACACGACCACGCUAUCCAGCGCUGCCAGCGCUGUUAUAUAGAAGCGUGAUUAUAUUACACCUCAUCAUAAAAUGGGGUUGGAUAGUGUUUUCUAAGAGGAUAAAAAAGAAUAUGAACGAGAAUAUAUCUUUCUCUGUCUUGGCCGUGUAUUUGGCAAACUAUACGAAAAGCUUUCAUAUGCUUUCAUCUAUAUGUGUGCCCUGUUUCGCUCGCUCAUAUUGGCUCUAGCAUAUAUAUUAUACAGAUGAUAUACAUGUAUUGGGGAGUAGAACAUUUUCUGUUAUUUUUCAGCUCAUUUAAUGUAAUAAAUUGGGAUGCCAUAACAAGACUAAACUGGAGAACUGUCAACGCUUGAGAUGGGCACAUAAAGUUAUAGCUAUAUAUAUAGCUAAUGCUUAGGAUAUGGGCAGGACAACAAUGUUUCAUUCUAAACAAAUUAAUCGCAAAUGUUUUAAUUUGAAUUUUCUCUAAAUCUCCAAGGUCUGGUCCUGGAACAUCAGAUUUGAUGUAUUAUUCGUGGCACAUAUUACUCAAGAAAGUAAGAUAAAGUGUUCUGGUGUCCGAAUUAAUAUGAGUGAAUUCAGGUGUUUCAGUUUGUUUUGUUCAAUUCAACAAUCAAUAGCAAAACUCAGUGCAAAAAAGAGUAAAAUAGGAUUUUGGUCGUAGUUGAAUCUCACUAGGUUAUGUUUAACGACGAGAGCGAGCGAAUUCAGCAUGUUCAAUGGUUCGAGCUUCAAUAUUUCCUGAACUGAUUCAAUCCCUUCUUUUCGCUUCGAGCUGUGCAUUUUCAAUUCUAACGAAUAAUAAUCUUAUAAAGGAAAUUAGUUUUAUAUGUAUGGGUGCAUUUUUGGAAUUUACAUCCUCUGUGCUUUAGUGAGGUGUUAUGUUAUUCAUUUGUUAUAACGCUAUAUGAAUAAAACAGGUGAGAAGGAAAAAAAAUGAGAUGGUGCUGCCAACUCCUAAGACGAGUUGGAAUGAAAUUCGUCUAUACCCUAACCAAUCAACAAAAUGUCUCAACACUCAAUUUUAAUUCCAUCAUCCGGAAGAAAAAUCACGAAAAUCCGUUAUUUUUCGACCUUCCAGAGUAAGGUUCCCAUUAAUAAUAAAUUUACUACAUUGUUGUUUCAAUCUCUGUGUAUAUACCUUAUUAACUGAUAUAAUACAAAAACAUAAUAUAAUACAAAAACACACCCUAAUUUCACAAACAUUCAUUUAAGUCUCACGAUAUGAUGAUGGUUCAAGUUGAUUUAUUUCGUUGCGUGUCACUGUACACAUUAUCCAACUUCUAUAAGACCAGAUGAUGAUUUUGCUGCUUUGUGACAAACAAUGCUUCAAUUUAUACUCUAGUGUGUAGUUAUUGAUGACUACCAUACAUUGUAUGAUUUUCAUUUAUGUGUGUGCAAGCGCUGAGCGUAAAGAAUGUUUUUGUAUUUUUGAAGUGUCAUGUUUUUAUAAGACCAGUUACAUGUUCCGUUGUUUUAGUUGUUUUGAUCAAUAAAUCUGGAAAAUGCCGAAGGAAAAAGUGCUCACGGAGAGAGAAGAAAGUCAAAUCGUUGCAUUUCACCAAGAAAAUGUUGGUAUCAGAGAAAUUGCUCGUCGGAUUGGACGAUCCCAUCAUGUAGUGCUCAAUUAUUUUGCGAAUCAUCAAGGAUAUGGUAAGAAGGAGAGAGCUGCUCGUAAAUCGAAGCUCUCUGACCGGGAUUAGCGGGAAAUAGCUAGACCAGCUUCGAAUACCUCAAAAUCGCUUAUGCAAAUAAAGCAAUAUUUCAAUUUAAAUGUUACUCGGGUGACAAUUCGUCAAAUUUUGGUAAAAAAUCCUCACAUAAAGAGGGCUUAAAAGGUUAAAACUCUUCAUCUUACACCAUCUCACAUCGGAAGACGUCUGAGUUUUGCCAAAGCUCACAUGAACCGACAGGGGGACAUGGUAUGUUGUGACAAAGAAUCUUUCCAAAAAAAUAUACUUUGCUAUAUACCAUAACGGAAAAUUCUUCAAUGUAUAGGUUAUCUUCACUGAUGAGAAAAAGUUCAAUUUGAAUGGUUUUGAUGGUUUCAACGGGUACUGGCGUGAUUUACGGAAGAAGGAACAGAAUUUUCAACCAGGAAUUUUUGGUGGAUGCUCGUGCAUGGUUUGGGUGGGAUUCUGUGUAACCGGAAAGCUCGAGAUAGCUUUCACAUCAUUCAAAGAUUACAUAUAUGUUCUGGAAUCCUCGUUUUGCGUGAAUAUCGUCACAAAAAAUUCAAAUUCCAGCAAAACAAUGCUACUUUUCAUAUCAGCAAGGGCACUAUGCAAUGGAUUAAAGACCAAAACAUAAUUUUUUAGGCCGACCGGUUCGCUCUCCAGAUUUGAAAACCUUAAGGGGAUCCUCGUACGCAGAAUCUACACUGAAGGGAAAACGAUACACCACGAUUGAAGAGCUCAAGGUCGAAAUUUCGGAAACAUGGAAAAAUAUCUAGGAAUCCGUUCAGCAGAAUUUGAUAAAUAGUAUUCCAACAGGAAUUUUCAAGGUUUUCAGCCGAAAUGGCAAGGUUGCGAAUUAUUGACAUGUAAAUCAGCCGAUCGUUUUGAAUUUUUCAUUGAUGAAUUUUGAAAUUGUCUUAUAGAAGAAACUGGGCAGCUGAAAUUAUCAUAUUUAGCACAAUAAAUAAACAAACAACUCUUUUGAACGAAAUUGACGUUAAAUAUACUUUAUUCUAAGUAUUCAACAAUGUAUGAAUGUAUCUUGUUGAAAUUCUAACUGUUUGUGUUGCAACGAACUAUAAUCAGGGUGGUCCUAUAGAAGUUGGACAGAGUGUAUAUAUUUGUAGCACAUCCGGGCAGCUUUGUAGGUCAUCAGUGGCAUGUCGCCUCAAGUGUAUUCCGAUGUAUAAUAAGCUACCGUUUCAGUCCUCUUUUACUGUGAAGUCUGAAGAAAAUAAAGUCUUAUCACUAAAUUUCUCUCGGCAAACGUUCAAAUGCAACAAUUCCUUGAUCAGUAUCAAUGGUUUCAAAAAUUGUGGAUCUUUGUGGAUUUUCCUUAUUUUUUAGGAUUAGUUACGUAUCCACAGGCGAUUCAUUCCUUCCAAUGCUCAUGUGGUAAACAAAAAUCUACAUAUCUUAUAGAAUUUGGACAGAGUGUGUUAGAAAAUCCAGAAAAUAAAUAAAUUACAUUUAUUCCACUUUCUUUCGUCUCAUUUGCUCAUCCAUGUUUUGAGAACAAUUCACAAAAGUGGAAAACAAAAGUCAAUUUGUGGGAAUAUAUUUUGCGAUGUAAUUUGCUGUGUGCGAAAAUUAUUUUUUAGAAAAGUUUUGGAUUUAAUAAUCCAAUAAUUAUUCAAAUUUGAAAAAUGCUAAAAAAUGCAAACCAGGCACAGUAAAGCGCGGAAUGAAAACAGCUGGUUUCACCAAUGAGAGAAGCGCUACAUAUUUAUUUAACCGAACCACCGAAUCCGCCACCCGGCCCUAUAAUUCGCCCACUUUCGGUUGGCUUUUAUGUUUCGCUGUUUAUUGUUACCGUGUUUGUAUUAACUGCAUGAGUUUUAUUUACUUUUAUUGCGCUCUUUUUUGUCUCUGUCUGUGCUGUUGCGCUUCUGAAAAACAUCCGCUGGUUAUUUGUUCAAUUUUAUUAAACCUUACCAUAAGCACACAGCCGUUGCAGACGCCGGGCCGAGCAGCUAUCGAUGCUGUCCCGAGCUGACAGUAUGCCGGGAUUGUAG